CCUCUCUUUGGGUUUUCUCUCUCCGUUUCCCUGCUUUUCGUCUCCUCUAUAUUUUUUCUGCCCUUUAUCAGGUUUUUUCUAGUCAAGGGAAUCUUUGUUGCAGAAUCAGAGGAAUUAUUAUCAACACCGAAAUCGAGUGGUUUUCUUUGAUAGAAAGACCUAGAAGACGACAUGUUGAUGGAAGAUACCUUGUGGGGUUGAUUUGAAUUGGUCCCUCUCUCUUCAUAUGCUUUAGAGCCAACCAAAAGCUUCUGACUUUCUCUCUUCUUGUUACUCUUAUUACUGCUCUGUGUUUUCUGGAUCCUGUUAGUUUCCUUUUCCAAGGGCUCUGUGAAUUGAGAUUAAACCACAUGUCACAGCCGAGGCAGAAUAGGAUGAUGAAUCCAAGCAAUGCAAAACCAGCUGUUGACACCACUUAUACAAAGAUCUUCGUCGGAGGCUUGGCUUGGGAGACUAAGAGAGACUCUCUCAGACGCUAUUUUGAGCAGUUUGGAGAGAUCUCAGAGGCCGUCGUCAUCACUGACAGAAACACUGGAGCAUCAAAAGGCUAUGGCUUUGUGACUUUUAAGGAUCCUGACUCUGCAAUAAGAGCUUGUCAGAAUCCCUAUCCUUUGAUUGAUGCGAGGAGGGCUAACUGUAAUCUUGCAGCCCUUGGGGCACGCAAAUUCAACCCAUCUACCGCAGGAGCCGAGAAAUUCAACCCCAGUUCAUGGGCUAUGGUACCAAUCCCAUUUCAAGGGACCUCUUCAUAUUACAAUCAACACAUACCCCAUUACACUUUUCCCUUUCCACCACCCUACAGGUAUCCCGGUUAUCCUCCCUCACAAGAAAUCUAUGCAAUGAACUACUAUAAUGUUUACGGAGGACAACAGGUUCCAUUUCGAUGGCGUCCAGCAAUAUACCAACCAUUUUAUGGGCUAAGUAAUUCAAGGAGAUUCCCAGAAGAAGCAAUGGGGAAGAAGACACAGUACUCUGAAAUACCACCCCAGGAAAUGUUGGCAGUUGUUGGGGUACCACCAGAACCUAUUCCAGUUUCUCCAUCAAUACCCACCUCUGGUUUAGUCACAGCAACAGUUUCUGCUUCUGCAGCAACCAAGACAGGAUCGUCCCCUGAACGCAAAUCUUCAGAUUAGGCUUUAGUGACAAACAGGUUCCAUCAAAUCAUAGCUUCUUUCAAGUGGGAGGGUUACUCCCUGAAUGAGACACAAUUUUUUCCUGUUCAUCCUUUAAUUUCUUGAUAUUUUCUUGUUUUAAAAGUCUGGAUACACACGGAUCGUUCUUCAAUUUUCUAUUUUCUCGAAUAGGAUGAGGUUACUGUUAGGUCAUACUGUUAUAGUUCGGAAAAUAUUGCAUCUCGUACUUUUGGUUUUUUUUUUUUUGGGGGUCACUAUAUAUCUGUCUUGCAUUCUAUAGGUUAUCCAUUCAAGAUCCAAUUUUGAGUUGAGUCUUGCUGAUUAAAAAAAAAAAAUUUGAGUUGAGUCUUAA